AUGCCUUCCUCAUCCCCCACUACAAGCGCUGGCGUCCUUCUGGCCUUUCUCCAACCUAUCUCAACCGAAAGUGACGAAGCAUCGGCGAACGAAAAAAUCGAUCUCCUGCCCACGGCCAUAACAGCCAACGUACUGGGUAUCAAGACCGCCAGACAGUACAGAGCGGCAAAUAUAGAAUACAAAAAGCGACACCUUGUCAUAUGCGAGACAGAAGAUUUGGCACGUGUCAACGUGAAGCAGAUGCUGAAAUUCCUGGAAGGAGAGAAUAUAGGUGGGAAGUGGGAUAUCAGGGCAUAUAGGGAGGUCGAGAUCUUCGAUUUGGAGAAGAGCAGUAGUACGUCCUUUCUGUGUCAUAGCCGACCGGAAGAUGAAGGAACUGUGAAGUAUUUCCCUUUGCUGACUGUACGCAUAGAAGCUGCAGAGACAAUCAUGGUAGCGCUUAUGCAACCAUCACCUGCCGGUGCCGCAGAUUUAGACGCUUGGUAUCGUGAAGAGCAUAACCAACAGAUGUCUGAGCAACCAAGCUGGCUAAGAACAUGCCGGUAUUCACUCGUAUCACAACAAACCAGUACUUCCGGUGGAAGCGAAGGGCUCCAAGAGCUAUCCUUCCUAGCUAUCCAUGAGUUCGGAGAGGGAGAACAGUUAGGCGAUUCAGUCAAAGCGCUGGAGCCAAUCAGCGAAUGGACGAUGAAGGUCAUGAAAGAUGCGGUGGGGAUUGACGCUGCGAUCUAUCGGAGAACAUGA